CACAACUAAUUACCGGGAAGAUUGCGAGUGUUUUUGGCGAUGUAUAUUCGAUCACUAGCUACUAUUUAGUGUUAUCAACCUCACUGAUGUGUGUAAUCGGAGCGAGUGCGCAGUUCAGUACGGGCACAGGUUGAGUCGCGACAGGAUGGUGUCUAGAGAACAAUUAUCGGUUAUGAUCAAACAUCAUCUGGGUCUACUCGCUUUUGGCGAUGAGGAUAAAUAUUCCGUGAAGUGGGCCGUCUACGAAUCUCCUCUGGGAGGUAGGGGACUGGUAGCUACUGAGGAUAUCAAGGCCGGUGAAGUUUUAUUCGUUGAUUAUCCAUUAGUAUACGGACCCCGGUCCGGAAUUAUUGUGCAACGAGGAUGUACCGUCUGCAAAAAUAUUGAUAGUGACAUAUUUUUUAAAUGUUCAAAGUGUGCAUUAAUUUUGUGUUCCGUGCAAUGUCAAAACAGUGAUUUUCAUUCAGGUGACUGUAGUAUAAUUUCCCGUUGGCCUAACAAAGUGCCAAUUGAGGAAGUUGACGACACUCUUUUAUCGCGCGCACUGACUGCAAUACGAGCACUGUUAUUAAAUGAAGAUCAGAAAUACUUGUUGACUUCCUUACAAGCCAACAAACUGCCACAGUAUGGCAGCGAAAUAAGAGAUCUGAAACAAUACUUCGAUAUUCCCUUACACGAAGAAGAAUUCAUGAUCUUAGUAAUAUGUAUUCUUAACACAAAUGCCUUUCAGAUGGCCACACCGUAUGGUAAAAAGGAAAUGAGUUUGCGUGGAUUAUACCCUGUCGCAUCCAUUUUGAAUCACAACUGUGUACCAAACACAAGAAACUGUUUUAAUGGUGACUUACAAAUGACCGUAAAGGCCACGAAAACCAUCAACGCCGGUAGCGAAAUAUUCACAUGUUACUCGGGUAUGCUCUGGGGAACACCAGCCCGACGUCUAUAUCUAUAUAAAAGCAAGCAUUUCUUGUGUGAUUGUGAGCGUUGCGCGGAUCCAACCGAGAGAGGUACGUUGCUGGCUGCCCUAAAAUGUUUCUCAACAGAGUGCCAGGGCUCACUACUACCGAUACAACCAUUAAAAACAACCACAGCUUGGCGCUGUCUAGAAUGUGGGAUGAGAGUGCCAAAUGAUAACAUUUGUGUUAUACAGAGCGCGUUAGGUAGUCUUAUGGGAUCAUUGGAUCUGAAAAACGUCGAUGAAUUAGAAAAUUUCUAUUUAAACAGAAUCACUAGAUACGUUCCAAGAACAAAUCAAAUAGUAUUGGAUCUACAAUGUCGUCUCGUUUGGGAGCUUGGCGAAACGGAUGGACUUCGAUGGAAUGAGCUAUCGGAGUCGCAGCUGUCUCUGAAGGAGAGGUUGUGCCGCUGCACAUUGCGAACGGCGGCGGCCCUGGGCGUGGGAGACGCGCACCUUCGAGGCCUACUGCUGUAUCACCUGCACGCCGCGCUGGCAGAACGCGCCCGACGCCACCCAGACCUGUAUGAGGAGCUGAAGUCUGAAAUUGAAAGCACUAUACAGGAAGCCAGCAACAUUCUCAAGGACGAUAUUUCCUCGCCACCAGAUCUCGAAAUACGAAGACAGUACCUCGGACCGGAUUGUGACAAGACACAACAAGAACGAUUUUUUAUCCUUGAUACACAGAAACAUUAGCGCAGUUUAUAUUAAUUAUUUUAAUUGUUCUCUCCUCUGAGUAAUAUCCAUAAGUUGUUACUAUACCUAAUGUUAAUGUGAAAAAUAAAUUUAACAAAUGAUUUAA